AUGCCCAAUAGUGAUUCGUCCGGUGGUAUCUACUCCCCUCUUCCACAGGUAACACUGACCGACUCAGAAAGCGAAGCAGAGCUGCUGCGGCGUACGAUUGCGGUCCGUCGGACAACGGAACAAACGUUCGGAGGAAUUACUCUUGGUGGUGGUGGUGGUGGUGGUGUGACGACGACUAUCAUUAUGAACGGCAUAAAGGGAUGCGCCGCGGCCGAGAUGAGCUCCCCUUGUGGCACCGAGAACGGUGGAGCGGCUCUGUAUGACGGUGGCUAUCCUCCGAGCCCGAGCGAUGUUGAGGACGCGAGCGGAGUAUUCCACGUGGACGAGGCCGGUCCGAUACCGGACCACAAAAUGUCCUCACCCAGAAAGUGCUGCUUUGUGGCAUCGCUAGUGGUGUGCUUUCUAGCGCUGAUCGUUUUUCUUUGGGUGAUUCCUUGUUCGGAUGAUUUGUCUUGCCCGGCCAGGGGAGAACGAGUGAAGACGCAAAACUGGAUACGGAACUACGAUAAGAUUGAAUUGAAAGGUGUGAUAAACGUAGUCAAGGAUGUUCAUCGUAAAAGCAAGAACCUCGUCUUCAUGUACCGUGGCGAUAAGAUGUUCCCAGAGUUUGACGAUUCGUACCGCCGACGGAACGGGAUCAUUUCGCUGCUGGGCAGCUCCGGCAAGGUUGCUUGGUACGAUCAGAUGACUAAUGAACCGAAGAGCAUCGACUGCACGCUUUUAGACGCCGACCGAAGUGGCGCCCCAGACUGCCUGGUACUGGACGAGCACGGCCAGCUGGAGUGCAUCGAUCCGCUGUCCGGCGAGUGGCUUUGGCAUGCGGAGGGCUACAAUCGGCGCAGCAGUAGCGGGCGACAGAACGAUAUGCUCGACUUUCCCCUGCUCAUCCCGGACGUCGAUGGGGACGGCGUGUACGACCUCCUGUUCGUGACGAGCUCCAGCGAGACGAAGCACAACCGGUUGGUGAUGAUUUCCGGCCGGAAAGGGCUCACCAUCGGUGACUCGUACGCCGUCAAGGAGUGCCUGUACGUACAUAAACUGAUGCUGGAUGAAGAGUUGAACGUGAAGUUUAACUGCGUGCGCGAAAAGUCCGAGCAGCAGAAGGCCAAAUCGCUGCCGGAACUUUAUAAACUGAUCCACCGAAAGGCCCUAGAUAUGCGCGUGGAGCACCUUACGCCUACCGUCCUGCCGCAGCACAAGUUCUUCGGUCAGCGGCGUAACACGGAGAAGCAGCGCACCCUCACCAACGUCGGUGGGAAGCAGUUGAUGGUGGAGAAUCGGGGCAAGUGUCCGGAGAACUGCUCCACCUCGGUACUCCUGACUGAAGAGGCUACCGGUGAGCUGCUGUGGAAUAUGUCCGGCCGACACCUGUACGGAAUGCAACCGGUUGGAUUGACAUUUUCCAACUUUGGCUCCGACAACCGGUCCGCGGUUUACGGGUUCGUGAUAAAGUUCUGGGAAUGGAGCCAGCGCGAUCCGGAUAAUCGAAGUUCACGCGUCCUAAAGGAGACCAUCAAGCUGAUCGUGUUCAAUUCCACCUACAUCAAGAUCAAGAACACGAGCCAGAGCAAUGUGAUUCAGUUCUGUCGGGAACCGAUCGGUGGAGGUGGUGACCCGGCGGAAGGACUUUGCCAGCCGGACCUAAACUAUCAGGAAAACUCUCUGCUCAUCGCCGACCUGGACGAUGAUGGUUCGCAGGAGUUGGUGUCAUACUACUCGACGUUCGUGAAGUCGGCCACUGGAGACGCGGACGGCAUGGGUGCCGGGGUGGGCGUCGGACCGGGUGCCACGAUGAAGCUGAAGACGUACGUCCAGCUGCUUCGACUAGAGUCGGAAUUGCCGAAGCUGUACGCGCUCUGAUGGCGCUAAACACCGUUAAAGGAAUGUUCUCCGACAAACAGAAGGGUUCCGGGUCAUUAGCCCUUCGGUAACAAUAUUCCACUCAUCCAAAUCGAUUGCAAACCGCAAUGUGUGAUCUCAUACCAACGGUUCCAGUUUUAUGAUUCAUUGUACUUUACCUUUGUCGAUGUUACUUCAUAGGAUAUCACUACGCUAGUCUCAUAAAUUUACAUGUAUAUGAACACUAAUGAUAGUUAUAGUGGUGGAAUGUGUUAACAUGUGCAGGAUAAUGAUAGUAAUUGGCGUUGGGAUUCGUGUACUGGUGCUGUGACGCAAGCGACGCAACGAAGGAUAGACUUUCCCAAUCCUCGCACUCAUCGGCAUAUGAUAGCAGUAGAAAGCUAGUGACUAUUAUCACAUGCACACACAACCAAAGGCACCGUGGCAAGCACACGCUUCUAUUUUCAUAGCCACACAAUCAAAAGACAUGGAAAAAUGUAGUUUCUAAAUAAAGAUGAAUAGUGCUCCACUA